ACUAUUAUGCUAAUGGUGUUUUGCUCGCACUCGCGGGGAGCGGGGUUUAAAAGGCAGCGGCCGGGGGCAGGGGUUCAAAGGCGGGAGGCAGGGCCGCUCUGAGCGCGAGGGAGCGAGCGGACGGGACAGGACGGCAGGAGAGGAGCGGCGGGGGGGCACGCACGCCUUCCCGGCCCGGCGGCGAUGUCCAACGUGCACCUCUCCGGCACCGCCGCCCUGGAGCGCCUCUCGGCCCGGCGAGCCCUGGUCGGGCACGGCCGCAGCCCCGUCUGCCGGAGCCUCUUCGGGCCGGUGGACCACGAGGAGCUGGGCCGGGAGCUGCGGGAGCGCCUGCGGGAGAUGGGGGAGGACGACCAGCGGCGCUGGGACUACAACUUCCAAACCGACACGCCGCUGCCGGGGCCCGGCCGCCUGCGCUGGGAGGAGGUGGAGGCCGGCGCCGUGCCCGCUUUCUACCGGGAGACUCUGCAGGUGGGACGGUGCCGCGUCCCCCUCGUCCGGGCGCCCCCUUCCCCGCCGCCGCCGCCCGCCGCCGGCAAGGGC